AUGCUCCUCGUCCUCACAGUAUUCACCCUGAUAGCCGGUAUCAUCGACUCUGCGAUUGGCUCAGACGACGUCAUGGAAAGAUUCAACUCUUGGAGUACCGACAAGCUGGACUAUCUGACCUUGUUUGGCGGAGGGGAAGUCCGAGCAUGCCGAGGUUGGGACCCUGCAGCCCCCGAGUGGAGUGACCCUGCAGGGUGUCUCAAGGCAAAACAAUAUCGACAAGCCUUCAAGGUGCUGGAAAGAGAGCGUUCACGCAAGCACAACCACUAUCACUUUGCCAUUGACCACAACAUCGCAACUUUGGAAGUCAUGCUCAGAUGCUUUCUUCCAACGUCCGACGCCGAGUAUACUCCCUGUCACGAGAAGCCUCUGAUUAUCAGUGGUUGGUGGUACACGGCUGCAGUCCUGACCGACUCCACUACGGGUGAAGUCGUCUGGCAGCGUUUCAUCACACAGCAACUGGAAAAACUUGGCUACUUUUGGAUCGCUGUUGGUCCAUACACCAACUGGAUCGAAGUGGCGGAGAUCAUGCCUGACGUCUACAACACCCUCUGGAACAACGACGUGGAGACAUUGUCUUGUAUCACUGAUCCCCGGUGUAUCGCAAAAGAGGACUAUGUCCCAACUGAGGGCGGAGAGGACUUGUCCGUUGGUGUGUCAGAUGAGGAACGAGGUGUCAUUCCCCUAUGGGCCCUCAAUGUUGUCGACUAUUGGGGAGCACGGCCCAAGGAGAUCUUACACAACACCCACUGGUGGGGCCUCAAGGACCCUUGGCCUCUUCCAGCGGGUCAUCAUCAUCUCCCGUAUUCGAUGGAAGAAGAGUGUCUUGCUCGUCCCACGACACCCUUAGAGGAGCGCAAGGAUGCUGGGCUGAUCCUCGCCAAACGCUCAUCUUACUUCCACUACCAUCACGUCUCUCCGCCCGAAUUGUGGACCAACCUCACCCAGAAUGACGGAGUUGAGCUCAUUUCUGUGGCCAACGUUGAGGAAGGCAAGCCGAUGCCGGUAGGGCUUGAGACCAUCGGUAAACAGACGGUUCAGGAUUACACAAAGUUGGUCGGAGAUGUCAAGGCUAUGGUUGGUAUUGGCAUACCCGUCAUUAGUCCAAGUGUCUACGCUGCAUGGUGCCAAGCGACCCCCGUCGUCAUCCCCAUAUUCCACGACGAGGACAACUCUUCUCCUUGGCACCCAUACUCGGACUACUCACAACACGGCCCUGCUCUCAGCGUCGGCGAGCCGUACGCCUAUUCAUACCACGCCAAAAACUACACCCAGCUCGUCGAAGCCGUCCACAAAGCCAUGUCCACGCCUAUUGAGCGAUUCAUCCCCGACGACAUGCCCCUGUCGCAUACGAUGAAGGCGCUGGAGGCGUAUAUGAACAGAGAUUUGGUGAAGAUGAUGGAGUUGAAAGUGAAGGCCAAUGGGGGCAAGAUCCCGGCCCUGAAAGCGGGGUUAAGGGAGAGGUGUAUUGAGCUUGACCGGUGUAUGCCUGAGCUACCACCAGGCCGGGUACCGAGUGGACCAUCAUCGUUUUUGUUGUAUUGA